AUGUUGCUCGAAGACCAGCGAUUCAUUCACGAAGACCUAGAGCGUUUGGAACAAGGGAUCGCUGACAGAGUGAUCGACGAUCCUCGAAAUCUACGAGAGAGACUGUCGCGAGAUCACCAAGUCGCCGGGUUCCUAGAUCGCAUCGAAGAACAGUCAAAAAGAUUACUGGACAUUUACAAAGAUGCAGAAGGUCUCAGAGCUCAAGAGAUUCAGUCCAUCUCGACGGGCGACCCAUUCGAAGAGUUUUACAAGCGCCUAGACGAUAUUAAAGAUUUUCACAAGCGAUACCCCAACGAACCCGUGGAAAACUUGGAGCGCGCAUACAAACGAAAGCAUCCUGGGGAGGGCGAGCCUUUUGCGUUCGAGGCCGAGUCCAUAUUCACCGGAGAAGAGGCGUAUGGACAAUUUUUUGACCUGACACAGCUGCACGAGCAGUAUCUCAACAUUCCAGGCGUGAAGCGCCUCACCUAUAUUCAAUACAUUGACCAAUUCGAUGUUUUCACACCGCCUCAACUCCCCAUCAAGCGCAGCUUGAAGUUGUCGGACAGAUAUUUCAAAUACGUCGGUGAUCUGGCAGGCUACCUGGAAGGUUUUAUGAAACGCGCACACCCACUCGAUAAUUUGGAACAGCUUUUCGUUUCGUUUGAUGAAGAAUUUGAAAAACAAUGGUCUUCAAAUGAAGUGCCAGGAUGGGGCACCGAGGCGACGAUUGGGCCCGAUGGACCGAAAACGCAGGGUACUGGGGAAGGGAUUUGGUGUGCCGACUGUGAAAAGGAGUUCAAGAACGAAAACGUCUACAAGAAUCAUCUUACGGGCAAAAAGCACAUUAAAGCUGCAGAGGCUAAGAAAGCCAACGGGCCCUCUGACGCACCUGAGCGCAACCAAAAUGCUAUCAAAGACCCCUCGUUCAACUCACUCAAAGAAAGGGCUGUGGCGGAACGUGAACAUCGGGUUCGAUCUUUAUCCAAAACACUAGACUCUGAACGACAAGCAACCCGGGUCAACGUUGAACGAAAGCAAGGCAUGACGGAGCGCGAACGACAAAUGGAGAUCGAGGCUCUCAUGGCUGACGCCGAGCCAUCAUUCGGUGGACAACCCCACGACGACGAAUCUGAUGAAGAAGGAGAGGAUAGGAUAUACAACCCGCUCAAACUGCCCCUGGCCUGGGAUGGAAAGCCCAUUCCGUAUUGGCUCUAUAAGCUGCAUGGCCUUGGCGUGGAGUUGCCAUGUGAAGUCUGCGGCAAUUUCGUUUACAUGGGUCGACGUGCUUUUGAAAAACACUUCUCGGAAGCCCGUCACAUCUAUGGCUUGAAGUGCCUGGGAAUUACACAACAAACCAACCUUUUCCGAGAGAUUGUCAGGAUUGAAGAUGCUGUCCGACUAUGGGAAAAGCUGGAACAAGACCGGAAGAAGGACAAAGACUCUCGGGAUAACGUCGUGCAGAUGGAGGAUGCGGAAGGAAACGUCAUGCCUGAAAGGAUCUAUCACGAGUAUGCCCCUUUCCCUCUUCUUCCUUUUUCCUGGCCAUUACAUACUAACUUUCAUGCAGUCUCCAAAAGCAAGGAGGGGAGGAUGGGAUUCAAUUUCACUUACCUAUGUGAUCUGCUCUCUGGCUUGGAGCGCAAUCGUCAUUUGAAGGCCGCAAGCGUUGCGAGAACCCAAAACCCCGAUUACCACACCAUUUCAAGCUGGUUUAUCAACCAUUCGAAACGGAUUCACGACAAGGAAACAAACUUGCUGGCCUUGCUAUCAUGUCUCUUUCCUGAGAAGAGGCCAGAUAGAGUGUACUGGCUGCAAAGUACUUCCCUGGCCAGAGUUAUUGCUCGAUGUCUGUAUCUGGGAAGCUCGCGAAUAAAAGACCUUGACCAAUGGCGACUCCAUGGAGGAGGGGAUUUGGGUCAAUGCGUCGAAAAUGUCAUGAACCAAGCCGAGAACCAGAUCAUUCCAGGCCGGGAGGUCACUGUUGAAGAAAUCGAAGACGCUCUUCUGGAGAUUUCUUCACGCUGUCGGUUUUCUGGUCCUGCCAUUCGCAAAAGGCACGCUGCUGCCGAUGUUGACGAGGUUUUGGGACCACUAUAUCGACGGCUGAGCAGUCGGGAUUCCAAGUGGCUGACUCGUAUGAUCUUGAAGUCAUAUUCUCCUGUUCAGCUGCCUGUAGAUGUUGUCCUAAAACAUGUGCACUUUCUUCUACCACAGUUAUUGCUAUUCCAGGAUUCGUUUGAAGGGGCAGUUCACUUACUCAGAUCAACUUCUCUGAAACACUUCCCCCCUAGGCCGCAGCCAGACUUUGCCCAUUUACUUAAUAGGGAAGCUCUAAAGCACCUCGUGCCAAGGCCAGGGCUCAAAGUUGGCCGUCCCGAGUUUUACAAGGCUCGAAGCCUCAAGCAUUGCUGUAAGAUGAUUAAUCGGCGCAGGAUGAGUCUCGAAAGGAAAUAUGACGGGGAGUAUUGCCAGAUACAUGUCGACAUCACAGAUGGUGUACCUAGCAUUCAGAUAUUUUCGAAAAGUGGCAAAGAUUCUACCGUUGAUAGAGCCGGCAUUCAUGAGACCGUGAAGCGGUCUUUGAUAAUUGGUGAACGCGAUUGCAAGAUUUCAAGGCGUUGCAUUUUGGAGGGCGAGCUACUCGUAUGGAGUGAUCGGGAUUCAAAGAUUCUCGAAUUCCAUAAAUUACGAAAAUUUCUCGCGCGGUCUGGGACCAUGAUUGGAACAGAUUAUGACUCACAGCCAAAACCUUAUGAACACCUUAUGAUCAUGUUCUUCGAUAUCUUAUUAUUGGAUGACGAUGUUUGUCUAGGAAAGCCACACAGAUUAAGGCGGCUUCUGCUGAAGGACACCGUCAAGCUAAUACCUGGGCGUGCAGACAUCUCAGAGCAGGAGGUUAUAGAUUUUUCUCGGCCGGAUGGACCGCGCCGUCUACAGACUGCAUUCUCAAAGUGUAUUUCUGAACGGUGGGAGGGCUAUAUACUCAAGGGCUGCGACGAGCCCUAUUUCGCGAUUCUCUCGUCAGAUACGGAAAAGGGAUUCUGCCGUUGGAUCAAGCUCAAGAAGGACUAUAUUCCUGGACUUGGAGAUACUGCCGACUUCUCCUUAAUUGGAGCUCGGUACGAUCCCAAGGAUGCCCAGCAUCUAUCAGAAAUAGGUUAUCUUUCCUGGACUCAGUUCUUUCUCGGCUGCUUAGACAAUAAGGACGCCGUCAUCCAAUCUGGUGCUCUACCCCGGUUUCGCAUCAUUGACGUUAUUGGAAGGCACAGCCUGUGUGCUAGUGACAUGCGAAUGCUCAAUCUAUGGGGCAAAUUUGUUGCGUGUCAAGUUGAAUCCAAUAACACUUUCAAGGCUUAUAAUCUUCACAACUCUCUGCCAGAGAUGGAGGUAGCUUUCAAAACUCCAUUCAUAGUGGAGUUGCUUGGUAGUGGGUUCGACAAACCCGGAAAUACGCAGUACUAUACUCUGCGUUUUCCUCGAGUCCUCAAAGUCCACUGGGAUAGAACUUUUCAAGAUGCAAUAUCAUUUUCUGAGCUACAGAAUCUAGCAGACAAAGCACGACUAGUUCCAGAGCAAGGAUUAUUAGAAGAGACCUCACUUUGGUACGAGAAAAUUGGAGAAACACAAGGUAAAAGUGAAUAUAUAGUGGAGACGUCGCAAGCAAGCUCAUAUUCUGCUGUCUUGACAUCGACCCCGCCAUCGAGGCAGGGCACUUUGACGUCAACAGGGUCGACACCGCCCACGUCAAGAGAAAUUGGGGAUUCCUCACCAGGCAAAUCACCAGUCAAAAAAUCAAACGCGCCCCUCCCUCCCAAACCACAACCCACCUCCAAGCGAGACACACCGCCCAGCCUCUCUUCAUCUGAUCUCGACCCAUCUCAAGCUUCUGUCAAGCGUCGUAAAAUACUCGCCAGUUCUUCAACUAUGGCAACUUUUGCACCAGAGCCCCGGGUGCCCUUUCAAUACCUUCGAGACAGAGGGAGUCCUGUCCCCAAGUCCAGUGGGCUUUAUGACAGAGCUCAGACGACUUCCUUUUCUCAGUUCAAUGAAAACAUGGACAAAAUGAAGAGUAAGACGCCACUGGGGGAGAAUCCAAACCCCUCUCUGAGAUCGAAGUCAGUCUUCAUCCCACAAACCCCUCUCAGCGAGCCUGUCAAAGCAACUGUGGACAACUGUCAUACUACCAACUCAGCUACACCAACACACUCUUCUGAUGCAAGUCCUGUCAGAGAAAACCUGAAUGGCGUACAUAUUGACCGUGGCCACGAUUCGCUUUCGCCUCGAGGCAUGGUGAAUUCGAUUCCUUUUCCCUUGCCUCGCCGUCUAGAAUCACCGCUCUGUACCAUUCCCAUGUACUGUGGUGAUUUUGGUUUUGUUGAAACUCUCUUCCGGCAAGCUUCCCGCGAUUUCACCUUCUCCAUGACACAUUUUGUGCAGAGUCUAGGAGCGCCAUCAACACGCGAGAAACUUCGUGCCUCGAAUCCGUCAUCUGCAGACUGCGACAUGGCUCUAGGGAUCAUUCUUAUCAACAAGAGAGAUCCAGGCAAUACACUGGCCACCCAGUUGUACAAUAUUGGCAACCUAGUGGCUAGCUCUCUACAGUCCCAGCUUUCCACCCUUCCAAGUCAAGGCAAAAUCUUUUUCCUCGACCGAAACAUUCUUCACGCGGGUAGCGGGAUUCACGACGAGACAUUCUUGCUAAACGACUGGUGGGCUGAAUACGGUGUCCAGUAUUAUUACGCCUCUAUAUCCUGGGGCUUUGGUAUCGAUCUCGGCCAGGUCGCCCAGCGCGUCGACGAAGCUCGCCAACUUGGAGGACCCCAGGCUGCAUUGUACGACCAACGGAAAAUGACCAGCGUUGUCAACGUCUACGAACCCAGCGACGUCGAGAUUCUCGGUGAAUUCGUCUCUAUCGAUCCCACUGUGCACUUGCUUGGUGAUUACUACUACGCCCCUGGUUAG